AAGGAUUGUAGCAGGUCUUUGCAUUUCAAAAUAAGCGCGUGGACUUCCCAACUAAGUGGAUCUGGACUCUCUAAGGCAUUGACUAAGUCCAAGCUGUCAGACUCAAGUAUAAGGACUUCACGUCAUUUGGAAAAGAAGUGAGUUAGGGCUUCUAACAAAGCAAGAGACUCAGCCAUCAGCGGGGACGACAUCGCCACUAUACGAGCUGCUCCGUCCAGCAACCUUCCGACGGAAUCACGGCAAACGCAGGCGAUCGAACCGUCCGAAGCUCCAGAUGGCUUGGUUGCGCGCCUUCCAUAUAUUCCAUAGUGUUGCAGCAACCAGCUCUAGAUUAGGGUUCGACCAAAUUUCCUUCGUCCAAGGACACAAUAAAAACAAGUGCUCCACAGUUUCCACUCCUCGAUUGCAUAAAGAGCAUGUGGGAUCAGAGAUGUGCCAAACGCUCAGCAGCACCUUCUUCCUCAUCCAUCAUCAACGUUGUUUAGUAGCUCGAAACCCUAUUGAAAAUGGGACACAAAGCCUGGAUGCAUUCACCGGUAGUAGAGGUCAACAGGUCCAGAAAGCCAAAAAAUCGCAGAAGGAGCCAAGAAAUUUGUGGAGGGCAACAUGGGUGCGAGACAAAGUUGAGAGAAUGGGAAACGAUUUGUGGGCAGGUGUCAAAGGUGGGGGACAAAGCGGAGAACCCAAGCGCCGAAGACACGCAGAUGCUUCAAUGGUUGUGGGAUAGGGAAGAAGCUGUAGAAGAGAACUACGAGUUGAAACACAGAUGCAAAGUGAACACUGGGAAACUUAAUGAAGUGAGUAGAGAAAGCAGGAAAUCGGGCUAAAUCAUGGUGGAAGGUUGGGGCUUUUGGUAGGGUUUGGGUUAGGGUUUAAGGUAUAGGAAGCCAUAGCUACACAAAGCGGUAGAGAGGAGCUACACAGAGCGGUAGAGAGG